ACCACAUUCAGUGCGCGAUGACCAGUAGAUUGAAAACUAUUGUCUUCUUCUCUAACCCAUUCUUGCUUCCGCCACAUCAUCAAGGCAGACACAGUCGAAUAACAGCCUAUCGCCCGACCAUCGACACGAGGGAUUGCAUCACCGAGCAAAGCGGGGGAGGCAGGCGCGCUCGAGGGUAUGUGGCUCAGAUGUCCGUGGACAGGAGUAGAGGGAGCAUAAAAGGUGUGUCGAUUCACUUUGAGAGUCUGAAUACAAUUUCAUCUAUACCUAACGACAAUAUUUCCUUCUUCGAUUGAUCAGCCAUGGAAAGUUGGAGCAAUUCGGGUUUAUCUGAUUCCGAGGAAUAUGAUAGCUCGUGGAUGGAUGAUUGGUUAUCUUUCCCUAACGAUUCUGUGUCCCUGACUUCUGGUGGUCUGGUUCAAGACGACAUAUAUUAUGCAGACCGAGGACCGGAACCAGAAUACGACGAUAUUCCGCUGAUUUUAGACGUCGGGACAGAUCAAGACAACAAGACGACACCUUGCAAUCAUGGACCUCCCAUGAAUCCACAAGUGAUCAUGCCCGAAAUCGUCAUCGGCGAUGACUCACCAGAAAAUGGAGUCCAUGAUCAUGGAUUGCGACCGGUUGAAUCUGGUGAGAAUUGUUGUUCAGGCGCAACCAAAGAGGAUGACAAAAUCAAGAUCCCUUACCUAGACAACCCGAUCAUUGAUCAUCAGAUCAAUCUCAAUGGCCAACCUCGGUAUCUCGUGUGGAUGUCUGAAGCCAAGAUGACAAUGAUUGCUCCACGGUGGAUCGACUGGUAUUGGAAAGCACGGGAUCUAUUGCAGAACGCCUCCGGGAUCACACAGAGCAAAGCCAGUCUUCCAAAAUGGCGAAGAGAGGAUGAACGUUUAUAGUUGUAUUUAUUUUGUUGUCCUGAAUAUUUGUAAUUGAAAUUUCGUCUGCUUUGAACAAGGGACAUCGAGUCUGGUCUAC